AUGGUCACAGACCCUAAGUUCGAUUACACGGCCCCUCCACCUGGUGACCCUCCCGGUUACGACGCUCCCGCGUACGAUGAUGCGCCACCAUCGCACGAUGCACCUGGAUACAGCGCUGGGCCAUCGUCGUCUAGCUCGACCUCAUCGUUCAUCCCUGCGCCGAACAUCCCAGCAUGCAACCACUUGCUGCAACAAGAGAAGGACACGACUCUGACGGGCCAGUAUCUUCUGGACGUAGGCUUGCCGGCGUCUCCUGCGGCAGCAUCCCUGCCAUCAUUCAGGGAUCUGAAAGACGCGAACUUGCGCUUCGAGGUCCGCGAUGGUGUUAUCCGGCCUGAGAUCUGGCUGGCGGCGCUCCGGGAGAAGGCGCCUCCUACGACGCGCGCUCGCAUCACGGCGAAGAUUCGGGACGGGUCGACAAACAUCGUGUUGCACACGCCUCAUCCUUCCAUGCCUCGCCCGCGUAUCAACCUAAAGGUCGAGCAGCGCGAUGGCGAUAUGUACGUGGCGAUCCCGCGUUCGUUUGAGGGAACUAUCAAGAUCACCAGAAGGAAUGGGGGGUUCAAGCUAUCGGAUAACAUCCAGGCCCGCUCACGACUACUGUAUUCGGCGAAUGGCAUGAGCCUGUACAGCCUUGGUGCGCAGGUGGAAGAAGAGUUGACCGAUGAGGUCGUGAUUGAGAAGCGCGACGGGACUCUCAUGGUGAUGUACGAUGAUGAAGCUAGGAAGUAG